CCGCCGCCGCGUCUGGCCUCUUGGUCAACUUGAACGCGCUCAUCACCGCGCACAUCCCACGCUCCAGCUCAACCAGCUCUUGCUGUUCCUCCGUCCAUGUGGCACAAGUCUUCCGAAACGUUCAGCACCAUUCCACACCCAUAUCUCCAUCACCACCCUCUCCUCGGUAUCACCUCCCAUCCCCGACACCGGCCUCGCCGUGUCAGCCUCGCCCGGUUAUCAACUUCUCCAUGCAGGAUGAGGGCCCUUCCACCGCUGCAUUCGCCGACUACACGCUACGGAGCGAUGUCAGGCGGAAAGCCGUCCUGUACUGCUGGCCUUCAUCAUUUCUUAGCACAGUGCCACGUCUGUGUCUGCUGGAGAAAGGAUACCACAGCAAUGAGUACGAUAUACAACACGUUGACAUCACAUCUGGACAUAACUUCUCCCCCGGCUAUCUGAGAAUAAACCGAAAUGCAACAAUCCCCACACUCGUGCUGCCACGAGCGGAUCGAAGCGAGGACGGUGAACAUUCCGGGGUCCACAUUUUGGAUGACAUGAAGAGUAUCUGCGCAUUUAUAGACGCCAGCAGGCCCCCCUUGCCAUCACCUGCUACCUCUCGACGACCCACACCAAUCCUCUCCCCCCUAACAGCGAAAGACCGCGCACUAUGCGAGGACCUGAUCGACCUGGUACGCUCGCCGCUCGUGGACCCAAACUUUCUCGAUGUUACGGCGCGCGACGCCUCAGAGUUUCGAGUCAAGCUGCGCGGCGUUCAGGGCGUGCGGCUGCGCGACCGCCAAAAAGUCAUUGCGCAAUACCUUGACGUGGCGCGCGACGGCGCAGCCUCGGCCCACGCCAGCGGCGAUGUGAAAGAGGGCUCACGCUGGGCCGAGAUGGUGACGACCCUCGAGGGCAAGUGGCGGUCAAGCCAGGCGCUCAUGGACGUGUGGAACGGGGCAGUCGACGACGAGCGUCAGCUCGAGUACUACGAGACGAGCAAUGCUGCGUGGGCGGUGCAUCUGCCCGGCACUUUCGCCAAGCUUGAGGUGAAGAUGAUCGGACCAUUCGCGCUGGGUGACGACGUAUCUAUCGCCGAUCUGUACAUUAUUGCGUGGCUGGCACGCAUCGUGGCGAUGUGUGGCGGUGGGCCCGUACCCGCCGCCCUCGCCCUCGUCGAGCCGUACAUGGGCGGCGUGCGCUUCGGGACCCGGCUCCAGAUCUACUGGGGCCAUUGGGUGCAGCGCAGCAGCUUCCGGCGCAUAGCACCAGAUCUCUUCCCCACAUAAGCUGGCAUACUGAGCUCGGGCGAUUAUUGUACAGUUGGUGUUGUAGGGCAUGAUCAGUAGAGCAUUUGUGUGACUAGACGCGAACAACAGCCGUGUGGUGCGUUUCAGGAGUGCGGAAACGGUGACUCUUGGCGAAACCAGCCCUGCACUGCGCCAAAAGGAAGGCCUGGAAGGACGCACAUGUGCCUCGCACCCUGAGCGCUCUGCGGUUGAGCCCUUGGCAGUGUAGCAUGACGACCAUCACCGGGUAGUGUAAGUCGUAUUAGGGCGGCGUGCGGCGGGCAUGCCACCUCGCCGAUGCCACCCCAAUUGUGGCGCUGAGCGAUG